CAGAAAACUGGUGUGCAGACCACGAUCGCAGGUGUAAUGAAAGUUUCUAAAAUGGCAACCACUCCUUUUUUCUUUAAGAACCAGUCAUUCUUUCUCCAAACCCUAAUCUCUUCUUCUCUAUAAACUCAUCUUCUAACUCUUGUUCUCAAUCAUCCUCUUUUUCAAAGCUUCCUAGCUAAUAAACCCCAAUAAAGAGAUGGAUCAAACAGAGCUUUCCCGGAUAUUCCAAAUGUUCGACAGGAACGGUGACGGCAAAAUCACCAAACAAGAGCUGAACGAUUCGUUAGAGAAUCUCGGAAUCUACAUCCCGGACAAAGACUUGGUGCAGAUGAUCGAGAAGAUUGAUAUCAGCGGCGACGGGUACGUGGACAUCGAAGAGUUCGGAGGGCUGUACCAGUCGAUCAUGGACGACAGAGACGAGGAGGAAGACAUCAUAGAGGCGUUCAACGUGUUUGAUCAGAACCGUGAUGGGUUCAUCACGGUGGAAGAGCUGAGAUCCGUGUUAUCUUCCUUGGGGCUCAAGCAAGGAAGAACCCUAGAGGAUUGUAAGAGGAUGAUAAGUAAAGUGGAUGUUGAUGGAGAUGGGAUGGUGAAUUUCAAGGAGUUUAAACAAAUGAUGAAAGGUGGUGGAUUUGCCGCUUUAGAAUCAAGCUUGUGAAACAAACAAAUGAAACUCAUUUUUGGGUUAGGGUUUGAGAUCAACAUCAUUGUUUUUUUUUUCCUCGGAAUGAUUAGGGCUAAACCUCGAAAGAUAAAUUAACAAAAUGGAUCAAGCUUCGUUUUUGAAUGCUUCUCCACAAAAUAUUGUUGAUGGAUUUGCUAUGUGGGAUUUUGAAAACAAACAUAUAUAAUUUUGAUUUUGAGGAUUUUACGUUG